CAUUGACUAUAUUUAUUACCUCCCCUGUUUCUUUAUCCUGCGUUAAUAUUUUCUGCUCAAAACACUUAUUUGUUGCUAGAUAUGCCACUAGGAGCAAAACCAGUCUGUAUUUCAUGUGAGUGUAAUGUUUCCACGCUGUGGAGGAGAUCGGCUAGUGGCGAUCCAAUAUGCAAUGCUUGUUACAUAAAGCAGAACGAAAGUGGCAUUCAGUCGAAUGAAAUUCAGAAUGGAACUUUAACAGGCAUCAAAUCCAAUGGAAAUGGUAAUGGUCCAACACUCAGAAAGAGUUCUAGGAUAAAGCCAUCAAAACACAAGUUUAUAUCCGCAACAAGAGCUCUAGCUACAAAGGGAAGGAGUCGACGUGUUGUUUUCAAGAAAAGUCAACCACUCAAGGCGCCAACUGCAGUAGCCACAGUAGUAACUGGGGAAAGUGUUUUUCAUGAUGGAAUGUAUUACCAGGUUGGGGAUGUAGUCUCCUUAGUAGACCACGACCUGUCUGUGUAUUAUGCCCAGAUAAGAGGUUUUAUGCAGGACCAGUAUAAUGAAAAGUCAGCUGUAAUUUCAUGGUUAUUACCAACACAGAAUAGUCAAGAAGGGAACUUUGAUCCCACCACAUAUAUAAUGGGUCCAGAGGAGGAUUUACCCAGAAGUAUGGAAUAUAUGGAGUUUGUAUGUCAUGCUCCAUCAGAGUAUUUCAAGUGUACAAGUGGACCUUAUCCAACUGUAUCACAGAAACCAGAUUUAUGUUAUAUAUGGACAACAACAGAAAAUCUUAUAAAGCCGUUACAAUCAAUAGAAGAAGUAUUCAAUGUGAAGUCUAUUAAAAAAGAAAAGCCAGCAGAAACUAAACCAACAAAAGUUAAAGAGAAAAAGGCAGAAAAGAAACAUGUAGACAAAAUGGAAGUGGAUUCAUGAUGAAAAUUGAUUUUUAAGUUUCUAUUUUAUAAACUUGAAAUAAAUGGUAAUGAGAUGACAAUCUGUUAAUUCUGAUACUAUUUAAAGACUGUAAAAUCAUUGUGUUUAAACAAAAGAAAAUAGUAGGUACUGUACUGUUUAAAUACAUCUGUUUUGUAUUGCAGUAAAAACAAUAAAUGUGUUACUGAUUUUUCUUGCCAAUGUUCAAUUAAAUUUUAAUUUUACCAAGAGCCAUUUAAACAGAUUUUAAAAGAAAAUUAAAGUUAAGUAAAACUCAGAUAAAUCUUGAAAAAUUCAAUAGAAAACUGUUUUUACCUAUGAAACCUAUAUGUAUUCUUCAAACAGACCAAUUCUGAGGAAAUUCAUUGAAAAUAUUUAUAUUGAACUUGCAAAACAAUAGAUUAUACUGUAAUGAAUAAAUACUGUAAAUUCAGAAAUUAAUGCGAGGUUUUUAUUUAUGCGAAUAAUGCAACUUGGUGAUCAUCGCAAUAAUAAGAACUCACAUUCUGUAUCUGAUACAUAUAUCUGUAUGCAGAUUUUCAUGAAAUCGCAAUAAUUAAUCUCGCAUUUUUUUCUAUUCUAUGUAAAUCGCAAUAAUAAAUGCACGCAAUAAUUUCUGAAUUUACAGUAGUCUUGAAAAUUGUAAAAUUUUUGUAUUGUAACAGUGUUAUUAAAUAUAGAGAAGACAAAUUUAACUUGUAAAAAGUAAUAUUGUUUGAAUGAAAGUAAUUGUAAAAUACUGAAGUUAAACUUAUAAAGUCAGUAAAAACUUUAUGUGUGAGAA